UUUUAAGGAAACCAUCGUCCAAACAGCCCUCAGGGUGGGGCGCACGAACGCUUGCAGCCCAUCCGAUGAAGAUGGCUCAAAAAGAUGGUUCGUCGAUUGUGCAACGGCCGGGGAUCAAACCCUUGGGCACUCUCUGCUUCGUGUAAACGGAGUUCCCUAUUGGAAAUCCUUUCUCCUCCUCGAGGUUUUGCCUCUCAUUUUCUAGCGGGAGGUGCCAGAGCUCUAAGGAAUUCGAUGGCUUUUAUACUGAGGGUCGCUGUCUCAUGCCAACUUCGCCAUUCGAUGGAAAGAAAGAUCAGCCUGUGGAAAGAAGCUAGGAUUCAGAAAACCGUCAUGCUCCCAGAGGGCAGAAGAACAUUCUCCAACUUGCAGCAUCUGUUCGCGGAAGUCAAUGGCCGGGAGGUUACCUCUUCUUGUUUACCCUCCGAUAUGCCCGUAGAGGUGUCAGCUGCAAGUGCAUGCAACGGAGGCCACACAGAUCAUGAGAGAUCAGUGCAAGAUGAUAGUCAUCGACCAGUGAAAGCAUCAAAAAUAAAUGAAAUAAUGCAGAAGCUGAAGAGAUACGGAAUUUCUGGGGUGUUAUCCUAUGGGCUACUGAAUACAGUUUAUUAUCUUCUGACAUUUGUCUUGGUCUGGUUCUUCAUUGCCCCAGCUCCUGGAAGGAUGGGUUAUGGUACUGCUGUCGGAAGGUUUUUUAAAGUCCUUGCAAUGGUAUGGGCAGGAAGCCAGGUUACCAAGCUUGCUAGAGCUGGAGGGGCACUUGCUUUAGCUCCUUUUGUUGAUAAAGGGUUGUCAUGGUUCACACACAAAUUUGAGUUUGAGUCAAGGGGAAAGGCCUUUCUGGUGAUUGCUGGAAUGUGCUUCUCGUUGGCCUUCUUGUUAUUCAUAGUCAUAACUGCCCUUUGGGCAUAGAAUAAUCUGGAGAACAAUACAAAAUGGCGAUCAAUUAAGAGAACUAAGGUAACAAAUUGGUGCUUUAAUUUCUUGCUUUCCCACCUUUCCCUGAAUUAUCUGGUUGUACAAUUACGUGUUCCAAACUGAAAAUUUAUUAUGAGUUUGGCAGGUUAAAUAGAGCUGGUGCUUACAUUUGUCGACUGGCUUCAUGUUCGCUGCACAAAUUUGGUUCAAUAUGUUUCCUGGCUUCAUUUUCCUCUUUGUUUGGCCAUCGCCCAUUUCUUGCUUUCUUUAGUAGAAACUUUUUGCGUAAUAUGGACUGGUCACUGCAUUUUCAAGUUAUUUCCUUUUAUCUAUCGGUAAAUCCUAUCUUACCGGGCAUCCUAGACUUGGAGAUUCUUCGGCGCCCACAGGAGCAAAAAAAGUUAGAAUGUUGGAGCCACCAAAGGGAACUACGAGAGAAGGCCAUCAAUGCAAGCUGUAUUCCCAGCUCCUUGUUCCCCAUCCCAGCAAGAGUCGAUAGUUCUGGAGCGAGCAGCCUAAGUCGCUAUGUGAUUGCUCAAAUGCUUCUCAAUCUGCUAGUCCGUUGAAGUCACAUACAUCAUUGAGCAGCAAUAUGCGCUUGACUGCAUGUGGUUUAAGUUAACUAGAAUUCGUUUGCUAUCGUCCUGUAGCAAACAUAUUCAUGCUUGCAGGCCGUGGGAACCCUUUCAAGAAAGGGAAGACAUUGGUGUGUGAAUUAUGAAACUAAAUUCAGGGUACUCUUCUUCCCGUGUCGGUGUUGAUAGCAUGUGGCGAAAAUAUGGAAUAAUCAUCAAAAGGAAGGCGGAGUCAUGGUCUGAAAAAGUAAGUUAUUAAAGUCGUGCUAGCAAAAACAGGAGGGAGAGAGAAAUUGAGCCCUGAUAUGAUUAGCUAUUUAAUAUUGAUGAUGAGAGCUUGCCUGACUUUUGUAGUCUA